AACUAAACUAGAAAAGAUGAGAGUGUUGUGCACAUAACAAAUUCAUCCAAACCCACCCAACAGUUCUCUCUCUCCAAUGGCUUCCAUUCCAACUUUCUCUUCUUCUUCUCUUCUACUCAAAUCCAACACCAACACACUCUUUCCCCAUUCAAACUUAUCACAUUCACACCUCAACAACAACCAAUCAUGCACUCUCUCUUUCACUUCUCUCUUUCCAACAAAGCUCGUCCUUCAACGACCCAUUUCCUCAACUCGUUCAAUUUCCAUCACCAACUGCCGUGCUUCCUCGGCAACGGUGCCGUUUAGUCCCCCCACCGACCCGAAUCCACAAUCCGGUGAACCGAAGAAAACCCCAAAUCCAAAGUGGUCUGCGAGGGCUAUAAAAUCAUAUGCAAUGGCAGAGUUGGAAACAAGGAAGCUGAAGUAUCCUAAAGUAGGGACUGAGACUCUUCUCAUGGGGAUUUUGGUUGAAGGAACAAGUAAAGCUGCAAAAUUCUUAAGAGCUAACGGAAUUACGUAUUUGAAAGUACGCAAACAAACAUUAGAGCUACUUGGGAAAUCUGACUUUCACUUCUCCAGCCCAAUAAUUCCUUCUUUAACCAAACCACUUCAGAAAGCCCUCGAUUGGGCAAUUAACGAGAAAUUGAAGUCAGGUGAAGAAGGAGAAACAAACGUGACUCAUUUACUUAUUGGAAUUUGGUCACAAGAAGAAUCGGCAGGUCGAAAGGUCUUGUCUGCGUUGGGUUUCAACGAUGAAAAGGCCGAAGAAAUUGCUAAAACAGCAGCUAGUGGAGAUAUUGAUUGGAAUUUCAAGAAGCAAGCUUAGGAAUUUUCUUGGCAAAAAGGGUUGAUUGAUUGAUUGAUCCCUGUUGAAUUCUGGUGUUACAAGUUCCUCUAGAGAAAAUUGACUAUACAUUCCCUCAACCAGUGGCUAGUACAUUAAUGUCCUUUAGACUUCCAUGUCAAAUACUGUUGUAUGUACAAUGAUUAGAGAUUAUAAAUUUCUCAUUCUUUUUUUAUACAAAUAUUUUGAAACUCAGUUUUAAACUAGUUGUGUGAUUGUGGAA